UGUGUUCUGUGGAGGAGAGUGGCGCGUCUGAUCCGCGUGGAGCCUCUAGUUUCCUCCUCUGACGCGCUUCUGCUGCUGACUGAAAGAUUGCGGGCGCCAUCUUGGAUCGGGGAGAUUUUUAAACGGGAAAAGUCAAAGAACAGGAAAACAACAACAACAACAACAAAAACCUCUAUAAAACAUCGGCAAACCCGCCCGUUCGGACCCGCGGCGAAAAUGCCACUCGGUUUGAAGUCAUGACAUCUGUUUUAAAGUACUUUUUCGAGACUUGGACGGAGUAAAACAGCAGCGAGCGGUAUAGCAGGAGAUCUCUCUCCUCAGCUGGGAAAGUUGUUUUGUGUGAGUUCGCUCGUUCGCGAACACCUUUACCUGUCAGAUAUGACAUCAGCCAAUGCAGACAUGUCUGAGUCACUGGCCGCAGCAGCUGGAUCUCAUGCUAACAGUGCCGCCGUUGUGCCAAAGGCCAACAACAAACGACAAGCCACCUCGGACUACGACGACGAGGAGGAAAGCAAAUUGUUCAGGUGUGAGGAUGACGGAGGCGGAUCGAAUGACAAGGAGAGAUUUGCCAGGGAGAAUCACAGCGAGAUCGAGCGCAGGCGGAGGAAUAAGAUGACCGCGUACAUCACCGAGCUGUCAGACAUGGUGCCCACCUGCAGCGCUCUGGCACGCAAACCAGACAAGCUCACCAUCCUGCGCAUGGCUGUGUCACACAUGAAGUCUCUCCGAGGAAGCGGCAGCAGCAGCACCGAUGGAGCAUAUAAACCCUCCUUCCUCACAGACCAGGAGCUGAAGCACCUGGUUCUGGAGGCGGCUGAUGGUUUUCUCUUCGUGGUGUCGUGUGAGACCGGCCGUGUGGUUUAUGUGUCGGACUCGGUCACACCCGUUCUGAACCAGGCUCAGUCGGAUUGGCUGGGAUCAUCUCUGUAUGACCAGCUCCAUCCAGACGACACAGAGAAACUCCGAGAGCAGCUCUCCACCAGCGAGAACAACAACGGCGUAGGCCGGAUGUUGGACAUGAAGACAGGCACGGUGAAGAAAGAGGGUGGGCAGGCCUCUGUGAGGAUGAGUAUGGGUGCACGCCGCUCCUUCAUCUGCAGGAUGAGAUGUGGAGUGUGUCCAGUAGAGCCGGUGUCCAUGAACAGACUCAACUUCCUGAGAAGCAGAAACAGGAAUGGACUGGGUCCUCCUAAGGAGGGCGAGCCGCAGUAUGCAGUCGUGCACUGCACAGGCUUCAUCAAGUCCUGGCCUCCUGCAGGAGUGACUCUUUCUGAAGAGGAGGCCGAUAAUAAUCAGGGAAAUCGUUUCUGUUUAGUCGCCAUUGGAAGGCUACAGGUCACAUGUUGCCCGAGCGACACAAACAUAAAUAACAUCAGCGUUCCAGUGGAAUUUAUUUCCCGCCACAACUGUCAGGGUCUCUACACCUUUGUGGAUCACCGCUGUCAGGCGAUGAUCGGCUACCAGCCUCAGGAGUUACUGGGGAAGAACGUUCUGGAGUUUGCACAUCCAGAAGAACAGGGCUUACUGCGAGACAGCUUUCAGCAGGUGGUGAAACUGCGAGGCCAGGUGCUCUCGGUGAUGUUCCGGUUCCGCUCUAAAUCCCACGAGUGGAUCUGGAUGAGAACGAGCUCGUUCACCUUCCAGAACCCUUUCUCUGAGGAGAUCGAGUACAUCAUCUGCACCAACGCCAAUGUCAAUAGAGGGAUGAAUCAGGAGUCCCUGUCCCCCCUCUCUUCCCCUUCACUGGGGCAGGGCAGUCCUAACUGCCCCUCCACCCCCAGCCCGGGGCAGGUCACAGCCAGGCAGAUGCAGCAGCAGCAGGCCGAGUUAGACGAAGGGAUGGGACGAGACGCAGCGUUUGAGACCAGUCAGGUCACGCUCCCUCAGGGUCCGCUGCAGACGGCGAGUGUAGUCAGUCCUGAACACAUCAGGGUGAUUGACAGGUGUCCGUCUCUCUCAGACUCUAAGGCCAUGUCCUCCAGCGGACAGCAGCUUUACCCUCCAGCAGCAUCUUUCCCCAGCUCCGCUCGUCCCAGCGAGCCCUUCAGGUCAGCUGGAAUGGCUCAGCAGAUGGUUCCUCACUCAGCGGGUCAGAUGCUGGCGCAGAUGUCCCGUCAGAGCACACCGUCUGGAGUCAGCGGCAGCAGCAACAGCCCCAUUCAGCCCCAGACGGGCCCCACAGCGCCUCCUGGAGUCUGGUCUGCCACACGACCGCCCUUCAACACACAGCAGAUGGCAGGUCAAGUUGGGAAGAGUCAGUCACCUCAGUUUAACAUGGGAGGCUUCAGCUCCGCCCCUACAUCCUCCACUUCCUCUUCCUUUGGCCAGAUGGGCGGGGCUUCUGCUUCAAUGGCCAACACAUCAAAUUACCAACAAAUAUCCAGCCACAACAACCCUUCAACUAAUGUAUUCGGUGACAUUAAUCAGAUGGGAGCGCAGUUCAGCUCCAGGCCAGCAGAGGGAGUGUCAGGCUGGCAGCAGUGGCAAACUCAGCCACACACACAAGGCACUGCAGACACACACCAGCAGCCUCGAAACAACCAGCCAGAGAUGUUUCAGGAUGUGAUCUCCAUGUUGGAUCAAACCGGCGGCUUCAGCAACGAUGAUUUCGCUGAGAUGCCCAUGUUUCCUCCUUUCCCCGAGUAGUGUUCCGCUUCCGGUCACUUCCUUCACUCCCUGUUGAGCUCUCACGCGCCAUUUCUUACUCUCUUAACCAGAUCGAUGGCAGAACUGAGGCACAGAGGGCUCUGAAAAAGAGUGAGACUGAUGCAUUGUGAGAAUGGAAGUUAUAAGCCAUAAUGUGAGGAUACAGAGUAGCACACAGACAGACAGACAGACGUCGUUAAAACGUGUUCACUUUAAAAUCAUGCACACUUCGAGCACUAGCGGUCGCACACUGUCUGCCGUACACACACAUGCUUUGAUUUAUGAGAUGGCCACACACACACACACACACACACACACACACACACUGUCCCUGACUGUGAUUGUGUACCGAUUGCACUGCUUUUGACCCAAUGAUGAAAUGUGUGAGGAUUGACUUCUUGAGUUUGGCCUCAGAAUAAUAAUCAAUCUAUAACGAGCAGGAUCUGUGUCCUUCAAAGCCAUUUUUAUCUCUAUCAUAAUUAUUGUUAUCAUAAUGUCUUGUUUUAAUAUAUAUAUAUAAGAAGAAACCUUUAAUGCUUCAUCUCUUCGUGUGUUAAUUUGGAAAUCUGAAUUAUUCUGAAUUAGUCUUGUACAGAGAAUAUUCCCGAACUGUUAAUGCCGGGGUUUUCUUUAGAUCGAAAGCUUUUUGAUUAAAUGUUUGAUGCUUGCUGUUGAA